UAUUCCAAAAAUGAUUUCCGGUGCACCAAUACAGAGAUGUGAAUAAGUUCAAGAUAGUGAUCCGCCUUUUCGUCCAGAUCACCAUUUAAUUCAUCCAGUGAAACCUGAAGUAUUUCCAGAUUAUUGAAAGCAGUCUGAGAAAUCCGAACUGUUUUACCUGUGUGAAAACUUUGAAACACUCAACCGAUGCAGAAGUAUGUAAAUUAAUUUCUGACCUCACCCGCUUCCAAAACGGAAGUAAUAUGGAUUCAUCUCCUGCCAGAUCAACGGGAAAGCCCCAACAACGGACUUUGACUGUUGACGCAUCCUUUGACAACUAUUUCAGAAGUUACUUUCUAUUUUUGGUUCAAUAGUAGGAACAGUCUCUGAUAGCAUUGAGUUAUAUUUAGUCAACUCUCCAGGUGUUACUAUUUCUCAGACGUGAGCCAGCUGAAGCUUGCAAACAUCAGCGGGAGAUCCAACUGCUCUGUUUGUCAGAACAAGGAGUAAACUAAUCCACAAUAUGUGUUGGAGUUUGCAUGUUAUCGUGGGUUUUGUGUUUGUGGCCGUCCCGUACUUUGUCUGUUUUGUGGCCCAGUGGUUCUGUGGGUGGCCAGACAAGCCUGGGUACAAAAAGUACAUAGAAGCUCUAAAUCCAAGGCGGAUAUACCGUUUGACCUUUGCAACGUUGGAUCUUCUUAAAUACUUUCAGUAUUGGAAACUGCAUUUUCAGAUUAAGUCCUGGUAUAGAAAUGAGGAGAACACUAAGCGCUACAAAAAGGGCAUUGUUUAUGGGCGUCGAGGCAACAAGCUCGAUUUGUAUUAUCCCCCCAAACAGAAUAAAGAUGAGUUUCCACCUCUGAUUGUGUUUAUCUAUGGCGGUGCAUGGAGCACUGGACACAGAUCCAUUUACUGUUUACUGGCAAAGCAGAUGGCUGAAGAACUGGAUGCAGCUGUUGUUUGUCCUGAUUACUGUACUUAUCCUAAGGGGAAUGUUCUAAUGAUGAUUCAAGAUAUUGCCGACUGUCUGAUAUGGGCGCAAGAUAAUGGACAGAAGUUCAGCUUUGACAAGGACAAAAUUGUUUUAGUUGGCCAUUCAGCAGGUGCUCAUUUGGGUGUAAUGACCACACUAUUUCUCCUUGAUACACGAGAGGCGCUGGAAAUAGAGUCGAAGAAACAGCAGCAGAUUUUACAGUCAAUUCGAGGAGUUAUUGGAAUGAGUGGUGUUUACAGCAUUAUGGACCAUUAUGAGCAUGAGAAGAAGCGAGGAAUUGAGUACGUCUCUUGUAUGUCAAGAGCCAUGGAUGGAGAGAAAAACUUUCCACACUACUCACCAGUGCACAUAGUACAGAACCUUAGUGACGACAAGCUGAGCAGAGCUCCACAAUUUGUUUUGCUUCACGGGAAUUGUGACAUCGUUGUUCCGGUUGAGUCUUCCACAAAGUUCUACAAGCUCCUCUCUUCGCUGUCCGGAAAGGUGUCGCUCCACCUGCUUCCUACCGUCAACCACACUGAGAUGGUCACUGACCUCAUGCUGUCAAGCAGGCGCUUCUACCAUCCGAUCUUCAGAUGCAUCAAACGCGAGUUCAGGAAACUCCUAGAUAGCUGUUAACAGCCUAUCAGGGUAGUGUCUGCAAACAUCCGCUGCCAGGGUCACGUAUAUUGCACAGCAUCUGCUCUAAUAUCACAAAAAAAAAAAAAAGUUUUGAUUUUAUAAUUGUAAUAAACUAAAAAAAAAAAUUAGCUGCCUUCUAUCCAAAAUCAGAACGCCUAAAGAAUAAAUGGUCUGUGGGUGCCUUCACAGCCCUGAGCAGUGUUUCUUUUUCACGCUGCAUUCACCACAGACAUCCAGCACGUCUCAGAGUUCAGUACAGAAAACGUCCUCCACCAUCUGAGCCACUGCUGCCUGUUAUGAAAUCAAGACUGAAAAAGAUUAGCUGAAUACAAAGUGAGGUCAAACUUCACAUAUCAACAGUUUUAGUUAAGAGACAUGAAUAUAAUACUAUGUUAAAAUAUUAGUGUUAUUAUUAUUAAUAAUAUUAUUACUACUGGAGUCAAAUUGCAGUUCUUGGGCUACUGGUUUUGAAGUGAAUGUAGAUGCACAAUUAUAUAUUUCAUAUUAUUUGUUGUGUUAAAUAUAAUUUAUUUUGUGUGAUAAAAUCGACUUGAAUGUUGUGAUGUUUAAUUUAAUACCAAUAGCAUAACAUUUAUGUUAUUGAUAUUAAAUGCACCUUAAAAAAUGUUGAAGAUAUUUGUUUUUUAUGGGUUGUUUUUUUUUCUGUGGUCCUUCAUAUUUAUGUGCAGUUAAGCUCAAAACUGUUGAUACCCCAUGUAGAAUUAGUUUUAAAGUAAAGUUUUAAUUUGACCAACAUGUUUCUUCUGACUUGAAGUAAUAUUAAUGUUUUAGAGCAGCCCAGCCAGAGUGCGUUCUUGAAUCUUGUGCUAGGGCAGCGUUUCUCAAUUCCAGUCCUCAGGCCCCUCUGCCCAGCAUGUUUUAGGUGUUUCCCUCCUGCCACACACCUGGAUUGAAUAUGUGGGUGA